AGUAAUUAAAAUCCCAAAUUGCAAAGUACCUUUUACGACUGGGAUAAUUGAGGAGAGGCGAGGGCCGUUUCCCACUUCAACUCUUCUCUCUUAAUGGACUCUAUCACUCUCUUCUGCACUGGGGCUCUCCUAGCCGGCGGCCUCUACUGGUUCGUCUGCAUUCUUGGUCCGGCGGAGCAGAAAGGCAAACGCGCCGUUGACCUGUCUGGCGGCUCGAUAUCUGCCGAGAAAGUUCAGGACAACUACAAGCAGUACUGGUCCUUCUUCCGCCGGCCUAAGGAGAUCAAAACCACCGAGAAAGUGCCUGAUUUCGUCGACACGUUCUACAACUUAGUCACUGAUAUUUACGAGUGGGGUUGGGGCCAAUCAUUCCACUUCUCCCCCUCCAUUCCUGGCAAAUCUCACCGCGAUGCCACGCGCCUCCACGAAGAAAUGGCCGUCGAUCUCAUCAACGUCAAGCCUGGAGAUCGAAUCCUCGACGUCGGAUGCGGCGUUGGUGGUCCGAUGCGUGCUAUUGCAUCCCACUCGCGGGCCAAUGUCGUGGGCAUCACGAUCAACGAAUAUCAAGUGAAUCGAGCCCGGUUACACAACAAAAAGGCGGGCCUAGAUUCUCUAUGUGAAGUCGUUUGCGGCAACUUCCUACAGAUGCCGUUUCCCGACAACAGCUUCGACGGAGCGUACUCGAUCGAGGCAACAUGUCACGCGCCGAAGCUGGAGGAGGUAUACUCCGAGAUUUUCCGGGUUCUGAAACCCGGAUCGUUGUACGUGUCCUACGAGUGGGUCACGACCGAUAAGUAUCGAUCCGACAACCAGGAACAUGUGGAGGUCAUUCAGGGAAUUGAGAGAGGCGACGCCUUGCCGGGGCUCCGGAGCCACAGAGACAUUGCCGAGACGGCGAGAAAGGUAGGUUUCGAAGUGGUGAAAGAGAAGGAUCUAGCGAAGCCGCCGGCGCAGCCGUGGUGGACACGGCUCAAGAUGGGCAGGAUCGCCUACUGGAGGAACCACAUUCUCGUCACGGUUCUCGCUGCCUUGGGAAUUGCCCCAAAAGGCACCGUCGAUGUUCACGAGAUGCUCUUCAAGACUGCCGAUUAUUUAACCCGCGGUGGCGAGACCGGAAUUUUCACUCCUAUGCACAUGAUUCUCUGCAGAAAACCGGAGGUGCCGCCUCCCAAAACUUCUUAACCAUUUCCAUUAGGUACUUCCGUGGCAUUGCAUUUCGCAUUUUUUUCUUUUUAAUCUUUCUUAAUUUUCUAGGUUCUUUUUUUUUUCCUUAAAAUUACUGGAGAUCAUGUUUCUUUUUCUUUUUCUUUUUUUUAAUUUCUUUUUUAUUUAAAUUCCAGUUGUUAGAUCUUGUUUUUAUAAUGAACUAAUGAAGCCAUGAAGGGAAGUUUUUUUUUUUUGGAAAAUAGGUAAUGGAUUUUUGGGUCUAAUUUUAUAUUAUAAAAUUUGAAUUUCCGG